GAACUCAAACAUCCGUCUAUUUCAUUCGAUUUAGAGAGUUAAAAUUAUUCUAAUAUCUGCUUUCAGCAGGCUUUUCCUUCGUGAAAGUCGUUAAUAAUUGCCCAGAUUAGACAGUACUAAACUAUAGUUUUUCAAUAAAAACCAUGUGCCCUUUACCUAAUUAAAGUAAAAAGAAUCCUUCAAAAUAAAAUAAAAAAACAGAAAGAAGAUUGAAAGUCAACUGAGCCAAAAUCUUUCUUUCUUUUUUUUUAAAUUAUUUUCGGCUUUGAAGGGCUGUGGCCUAAACGCGGAUAUUGGGUGGCAAAUGGCGACUUCCCAGUCACCUUCCCAAGUCAAACUAAGAGAUGUUUCUCUUUUCCAUUGAACUACCAUGAUCUUAUUUGGGGUGCUGUCUUUGGAUUCAUAUUUAAAGCAUAUGGUACUGAGACACCAACUGAAUUUAAUGUUUAUCCACCUACAAAACCAAAGUUUCUUCUUCAAUUCUGAAGAAAACCCAUUAUAGAUUUGUAAUUUCAUUGGCAAAUAAAGCAUGUCGGGUUUUCGAACUCCCUGUCUUGUUCUGUUCCAUGUUGUUUUGCUUUCUUUACUUCCAUUGAAGAUCACAUGUUCAGCAAGAACCCAAGCGGAGGCACUCGUCCGAUGGAAGAACACCUUGUCAUUUUCGCCACCUUCUCUCAAUUCUUGGUCGCUGUCCAAUCUCAACAACCUCUGCAACUGGACUUCCAUUACCUGCGAUGAUGCCACUGGAACCGUCUCCCAAAUCAACCUCUCCAACUCAAACGUGUCUGGUUCCAUUUCUCAGUUCAACUUCACCCAAUUCGCGAAUCUCACGCGUUUCGACCUCAAAAACAACACCAUGGAUGGCCCGAUACCGUCUGCGAUAGGUACUCUGUCCCGGCUAGUUUUCUUGGAUUUGAGCGAAAAUGCAUUUGACGGCGAAAUACCAGUGGAGAUAGGUCGUCUAAGGGAGCUUCAAUAUCUGAGCCUUUUCAACAACAGUCUCAAUGGUACCAUUCCUCCUGAAGUUAGUAAUCUCCAAAAUGUAAGGCACCUCGACCUUGGAUUCAACUACUUUGUUUCUUCAGACUGGUCUGGUUUCUUACCCAUGCCAUUGUUGACACACCUCGGCUUAGCUUACAAUGUGCUUGAAUUGGAAUUCCCUCAGUUUAUACUCAGCUGCCAUAAUCUUACGUUCCUAGACUUGUCAUUGAAUAAGUUGAUUGGUCCAAUACCUGAUUCACUUUACACCAAUCUCAGCAAGCUUGAAUUUCUCAAUCUCACUGAUAAUGCUUUUGAGGGGCCAUUGUCUUCCAAUAUUUCUAAGCUUUCCAAACUCAUUGAUCUUCAGUUAGCAACCAAUCAGUUAAAUGGUUCCAUUCCUGAGAGUAUAGGAACCAUGUCUGAUCUUGAAACGAUUGAACUAUUUGAAAAUUCGUUUGGAGGGGAGAUUCCAUCUUCGUUAGGCCAAUUGAGAAAGCUCAAGAAAUUGGAUCUCCACUCCAAUGACUUAAAUUCCACAGUUCCAUCCGAGCUUGGUUCCUGUAAUAACCUCACAUUUUUGGCCUUAGCUGGGAAUAAACUCAGUGGGGAGUUGCCCAUGUCCUUGUCACAACUCACAAAAUUAACCGACUUGGGUUUAUCUGAAAAUCAAAUUUCUGGUGAAGUUCAAUCAUCUCUGGUUUCUAAUUGGACCAAGUUGAUCAGUUUGCAACUUCAAAACAAUGAUUUCAUUGGGAAUAUUCCACCAGAAAUAGGUCUAUUGACUGAGCUCCAGAUCCUCUUUCUCUAUAACAAUAACCUCUCAGGUUCAAUUCCUUCAGAGAUCGGGAACUUGAAAUCCUUGAUAAUUCUAGACCUUUCUGGGAAUCAGCUUUCAGGUCCAAUUCCUCCGACGAUAUGGACUCUUUCAAACCUUGAAAAUUUACAGCUUUUCUAUAACAAUCUGAACGGCACAAUUUCACCAGAGAUUGGAAACAUGACAUCCCUGCUAUCUUUUGAUGUUAACACAAACUCCUUGCAUGGGGAAUUACCCGACACCAUUUCAAGCCUCACCAACUUAGAAGCAUUCUCGGUGUUCACAAAUAACUUGUCGGGGACCAUUCCUCGGGAUUUUGGGAAGAACAGUCCUCAGCUCUAUUAUGUCAGCUUCUCCGACAACAGCUUCCACGGGGAAUUACCCCCUGAACUGUGCAGUGGCUAUGCUCUUCAAAAUUUCACAGUAAAUGGAAACAACUUCACUGGGUCAUUACCGGCUUGCUUGAGGAACUGUACGGAUCUAAGAAGAGUCCGGUUUGAUGGGAACCGAUUUACGGGUAGCAUCACCAAUGCAUUUGGAGUCCAUCCUGAGCUUGAUUUUAUUUCUCUUAGUGACAACCAAUUUAGUGGUGAAAUCUCGCCAGAGUGGGGGGAAUGCCAAAAUCUCACCAAUCUGCAGAUGGAUAGAAACAGGCUUUCUGGUAGAAUCCCUGCUGAGCUUGGGAAGUUGAGCCAGUUGCGUGUUUUAAACCUUGGGGCCAAUGACUUGAGUGGGGAUAUUCCUUUGGAACUGGGAAAUCUGAGCUUGUUGUUCAACCUUGAUUUGAGGCAGAACCAUCUCACUGGUAACAUCCCUGGGAUUGUGGGCAAUUUAGCGAGGUUGGAUUCUCUUGAUCUAUCGGGAAACCAGUUGAUAGGAGAAAUACCGGUGGAACUUGAGAACUGCGAGAAACUAUUGAGCUUGAACUUGAGUCACAACAAUCUAACUGGUGAAAUUCCAAGUGAGCUUGGUAGCUUAUCUUCUUUGCAGUAUUUACUUGAUCUCAGCAGCAAUUCACUCUCAGGCUCAAUCCCUCAAGACUUAGGGAGGCUUCGAUCAUUGGAGAACCUAAACGUUUCACACAAUGAUCUGUCAGGCAGAAUUCCCACUUCAUUGUCCUCCAUGAUUAGUCUCAAUUCAUUUGAUUUCUCCUACAAUGAGUUAACAGGUCAGAUUCCAAGUGAUGGGGUAUUCCAAAACGCUUCUGGAAAUGCUUUUGCUGGAAAUUCAGGAUUGUGUGGUGAUGUUGAUGGAUUUACACCUUGCAGUUCCAGUUCCAUAGACAAGAAGUCCAACAACAGGAGGGUCCUUAUCGCUAUCAUUGUUCCUAUCUGUGGCAUAUUAAUUCUAGCAGCAAUUGCGGCUGGAGUGUUUGUGUGUCGCAGGCGAAACAGAAUGCUUGAUGAAGAGAUUAAAGUGAGUAAAAGGACUGAGUUUUCUGAGUCUACCAUUUGGGAAAGAGAAGGUAAAUUUACAUUCGGUGACAUUGAAAGAGCCACUGAGGGCUUUCAUGAUAACUACUGCAUCGGAAAAGGGGGAUUUGGAACUGUUUACAAAGCAGAAUUGCCCUCAGGUCAAGUAGUAGCAGUUAAGAAACUCAAUUUUGCAGACUCUGCUGACAUUCAAGUGGUGAAUUUCAAGAGUUUUGAGAAUGAGAUCCGAAUGUUAACCGAAGUUAGGCAUCGGAAUAUCAUAAAGUUGCACGGAUACUGUUUUAGAGGAAGUGGCAUAUACUUGGUGUACGAGUACGUGAAAAGAGGUAGUUUGGGAAGUGUUUUGUAUGGAACACAAAAGGGAGUGGAGCUAGAAUGGGAUACAAGGGUGAAAGUUGUGCAAGGAUUGGCUCAUGCAGUUGCUUACUUGCACCACGAUUGCUCUGCACCAAUUAUACACCGAGACAUAUCAUUGAACAACAUCCUGCUCGAGAAGGACUACGAGCCAAGACUCUCUGAUUUCGGCACCGCAAGGUUGUUGAGUCCUAACUCAUCGAACUGGACUGCAGUUGCUGGCUCUUAUGGGUACAUGGCACCAGAGCUUGCACUCACAAUGAGGGUCACAAGUAAAUGCGAUGUUUACAGCUUUGGAGUGGUGGCAUUAGAGAUUAUGAUGGGAAAGCACCCUGGAGAGUUAUUGAACUCCCUGUCAUCAGUAAAACUGUUAUCAGACAAUAAAGAAUUGAUGCUCAAGGAUUUGCUAGACCAACGACUUCCACUUCCUAGCAACCAAAUAGAAGAGGAAGUCGUAUCGGUUUUUGCAAUAGGCUUAGCAUGCACAUCUUCAGUGCCAGAGUCACGACCCACCAUGCGUUCGGUGGCACAAGAAUUAUCUACAAGAACGCAGGAUUACUUGGAUGAGCCAUUGGGAAGAAUAACCAUUAGCAAGCUAUUAGCUUUGGGUAAUAGAACAAGAUAAAGAAUAGUCAGGUUUCCAUCUGGGGAGGAAAAGGCUUAGUUACAUAAGGAGGCUGGAAUUCGAAUCCAAGCUUAUUGCACGUACGGAGCUCAAUCCCAAGUUCGUUUUUCUUACAUUUUUGUUAUUAAAGCAGAUAUUCUUGUAUCAUAUUUUUGUUGUUUUAUAGAAUGAAUGUAUUGUACAUUUGAUCCCAUUUAUAACCAAUAAGUUGUAAAGGUAAUUGGGUGAAGAACAAAGCUGGAUAGACCCCAGGGUGGGAACUGAUGAUCCAUUCGCUUUAUCUGAAUGCUUUCGACCUACCAAAUACCAAAUUGCAAGGUGCAAAGUUGGAACAUUUUUGUACAUAAACUUUUGCUUUUCUAGCGUGGAAACUUCAAUCUUUGUAGCUUUCUGAAUUAGAUGACAGAUUAAAUAAUAUAUGGUGGGGUAAGUAAGAAGUAGGAUCGUCUUUUAAUUAUUAGUCACUGGUCAGAAAUUGACUUUUAAAA